CAGUGUGUCAGCUUUUAACAUGUUUGUCCUCAACGUAUGAGACUUAUGUAGCCGGGCAGGUUUGUGAGGACGACGCGUUUCUGUCACAUGAGGAGAAGGAGGAGGAGGAGGUGGAGAAAGGGAGGCUAAAAAAAAAAAAAGAAAAAAAAAGAAAGAAAUAGAAAUAGGCUUUUUUGACAGCUAGCGUUCCGUUAGCUUAGCCAGGUAAAAUCGACUGCUACGGUAAUGUUUGUUGAUAAUUAAAGGCAGCUGUGACAGGACGAGCGAGGCUGCUUGUGGCUUAUUUUUAGAGCAAAAACAAGCAUUAUUAAUGGUGUGUGUUUUGUCGUGUUAACCACUGUCGCCUCAGUGAACAGCUCAAAGUGGACAAGGAGUACUUAACGUUACCGGAGGCGUUUUGGUGCUUUAGCUUUUGUUUCACCGCCUCCGUGAUAGGUAAUUGUCCGUGUUGUUGUUCUUGACAGCGCCAAACACUGCUGGGAAUAUCAUCAGCUUCUGGAAGGAGAGAGUCGAAGAAUUGGAAGUACGGGCCCCAGCUGUUCCAAGUCCUCUCUGCCAUGGAGUAAAAAUAUCGGGAAAGUUUCUUUAGUCCAUUGCCACAACACGUCUACCACCGCCCUUUUUUCUCCUCCCUGUGUGUGUGAUACUUCGCCAGAGUCGGACAGUCAUGAUGUUGAGCGUUGAUGCCAAGCAGCAGUGCUUCAGGUCAUGACUGGUAGGAGACCAUGAAGCAGCCAGGGAAGUGACCUCGGUGGACACUACAGCCUGAGGGUGCUCACUCUCCGGCACCAUGGCAUCUAAAGAGAGACUGUACGAGGUCUGGAUGCUCUAUUGCACUAAGAGAGAUCCAGACUACUUGAAGCUAUGGCUGGAGAUUUUCAUCAGCUCCUAUGAACGAUGCCUGGACGUGGACUUUGAAAAGCCAGCUUCAAGGCCAGAAGAGGUUCCUCCGGUGUUGACCCUCCUCCCAGACAACAUCCUGCAGGUUUUGCGCCACCAGCUGCUGCAGUGCGUCCAGAAAGCCUCUGAUGGCCUGGAGCCUGAGCAGCAAAACCUGGCACUGCUGCUGCUCAAAUUCCUUAUUAUCAUCUGCAGGAACCUGUCCAACGUGGAGGAGAUUGGCACUUGCUCUUACAUCAAUCACAUCGUCAAUAUGACGACACUCUAUAUUCAGCAGCUGAAGAGCAAGACCAAAGAGAAGGAGAUGGCCGACCAGAGCCAGGCCGAGGAGUUUGUCCGUCACGCGUUGGCUUUCUGCGAGAGCCUCUACGACCCGUACCGCAACUGGAGGCAUCGAACCUGCGGAGAGCAGCUGGGUACAGUAGAGAGGAGCAGACAGAAGUACAAAGCAGCUCCGCUCACUGUUGAGUUUGUUCCCUUCUUUUACCAAUGCUUCCAGGAAAGUGAACACCUGAAGGAGAGUCUGAAAUGCUGCCUGCUACACCUGUUUGGAGCUAUAGUAGCCGGUGAUCAGAGGAAUGCCCUGCUUGCCAUCUCUCCAGCCACCAUGGAGGUGUUAAUGCGGGUGCUGGCCGACUGCUCCAUGGGUAGCUGCUCAUCAGACGAAGGCGAGGACUGGGACAGCGAAGCCCCUGACCGCAAGGCGCUGUUAACUCUGGGCUGUCUACGGGAGGUGGUGCAGCGCCUCCUGGCUUCCAGCUCUGAUCAGCGGCAGGUGGAAAUAGCCUCCGUGCUGGAAAACUACUUCAAGCUGCUAAACUCGGACCCAGCGGCCGUGGUCGCCACCCGACAGGAGCAGCAGCAAGCCAAGGGCCGAGUGCUGACGCUGGGCCGACACUGGGAGAGCCGAUUUGUAGCGCUGCAAGUACACAUGCUAGACACUAUCAGGGACAUGUUCCUGUGUUCAGACAGGCCAGUUCUACAAGCCAUCUUCCUCAACAGUAAUUGCUUUGAGCACCUGACACGACUGCUGCAAAACAGCAAGGUGUUUCAAGGGCGACUAGACUCCCUGGCUGUAGCAACUAUCAAAGCCCUGACAACAGUGAUGCACAAAUCACCAGCUGCAAAGGAGGUGUUCAAGGAGAGGAUUGGUUACAAUCACCUUUAUGAAGUGCUCAUCUCGCUUGGCCAGCCGUCUCGACACCUACUCAAAGAGCUGAUGAACAUGGCCGUGGAGGGUGAGCACACCUCAGUGGGGCUCCUGGGCAUCAGUAACGUGGAGCCCUUGCUGCUGCUCGUCCAGUGGCUCCCGGAGUUGGAUUCAUCCGAACUGCAGCUCUUUACGGCCGACUGGCUCCGCCGCCUCAGCACCCUCAACCGUCAGACCCGCGCAACCUGCGUCAACGCCGCCAUGGUCGUGCGAGCGCUUGCCGCCUUGGAGGGCCACCAGCGUUUGCACAGAGCUUGCGCCGAGAGCCUGUUGGGAUUAGUGGGCUCACUUGGCUCUCAGUCCAUGAGCGCCAGGGAGCUCUUGGGACUCCUGCGCCUCCUCAGACCUCCAGAGUCCAAUCAAGCACACCCUUAUGUAGGUCCAGCUCUGAAAUCCCUCCUAGCUAUGGUACGCAAGCAGGGCCUGGAGAGUGCCAUGCAGUACUAUGAUCUGUCACCCAGCAUGGCCGGAAUUGCAGUCCCUACGUUGAUGCGCUGGCCCGGCUCUGCCUUCAGCUUCCUGGCCUGGUUGUCGCUGGACCAGGACCAGCUGGGACCACUCAGCAAAGACAAGAGGAAGCAGCUCUACAGCUUCUUUACCCCAGGAGGGACGGGAUUCGAGGCCUUCAUCAGCUCAGCGGGCGUGCUGGUGGUGGCCGUAUGCACGAAGAAAGAGUAUGUCACAGUCAUGCUGCCCGACUACUGCUUCUGUGAUUCUCUGUGGCACAGCAUUGGUGUGGUGCACGUACCAGGAAAGAGGCCAUUCGGACAGAGUCUGGUCUACAUUUAUGUGGAUGGACAGCAGAAACUGUCUGCCCCCCUCAAGUAUCCCACCAUGACAGAGCCAUUCACCUCCUGCUGCAUCGGCUCAGCAGGCCACCGGACCACCACUCCCCCGCCGUCCCAAAUCCCAGACCCUCCCUUCUCCUCAGCCACCACGCCCACCACUCGCUCCUCGCUGGGCGGCAUCCUGUCGCCGCAGACCUGGGGAGGACUGCUUGGGGGCAAGCCUGAGUCUGUGACUAAGCUCAUCUCAGCGGGGACCCAGGACAGCGAGUGGGGAAGCCCAACGUCCCUGCAGGGCCAGUUGGGGAGCGUCAUGGUGUUCCAUGAGCCCCUGCAGCCCAACCACAUAAAAGCCAUCUGUAGUGCUGGUCCAAACUGUAUCUCUCCAUUCAAAGCCCAGGAAUCAGAACUUGGCGACCUUUCAUCCAAAUUGCUGCUACACUACUCACCCAAGGCGUGCAGGAACCCCAUCUGUCUCGACCUGUCCCCCAACAUGCUGCAUGGACGCCUGACUGGGAACAAAGUCGUUAACUGGGAUAUCAAGGAUAUGAUCAACUGUGUGGGCGGCCUGCAAGUGCUUAUCCCUGUACUGGAGCAGCUAUCUCUGGUGACCCCUGAUCAACAGGCCAUUGAUCCUGCAGCUGGCUCAGAUUUCAUCACUCCUGAUGUGACCACACCAGCUGAUGGAGACUGGGUCAUUCUCCCAUCUAACAGGGCUUCAGAGGCACGUCUGGAGAAGAAUCUGGUGGCCACUUUCCUGCUGGUGCUGAAACAUUUCCUGCAGAGACACCCGAUCAACCAGGAGAAUCUGCUCCACUCGCAUUGUGUCGGCAUGCUGGGAGCCCUGCUGCAGAAGUUGCCGGCGGGUCACGUAGAUGUCAGCGUGCUGGUUGCUAUGCAGCUGCUGAUAGAGCAGGUGACCUAUGAGAAGAACCAGGCUCUACUGCAGCAGCUUCACACACAUCUACUGUUCAACUUCAACAUCUGGAACAAAGGAGACUUCCCCUUACGAAUAGGUCAUAUCCAGUACAUGUCCACCGUCAUCAAAGACAACAGGAAGCAGUUCCGUAAAAGAUACGGAGUUCAGUUCCUUUUGGACACCGUGCGCCUUCAUUACGGGAAGAACAGUAAUAAAGAGAGUGACCUGAGCGAAGACGACAUUCGAACCGUCCGGGCGUCUCUCUGCGGCCUCAUCAAGUACUACAUCAGCAAGGGCAUGUCGCAAGAGGAGAUGCACAGCAUUCUGGGAUACAUGGCUGCUAUUGGGGACGAGGACCAGCUUUGUGGGCUGCUGGAGUUGUUGAUCAGCCUCCUUCAGAGCAGCCUGUCCAGGGAUCAAAUCUUCCUGCUCCUCUAUGAGCCCGGGGCGGCCGACUCCUGCUAUGCUCUUCUGCUCAAUAACAAACACUCAGACCGACUCCGAGAACUCGUCUUCAAGCUGUUUGAGCGCAUGUUACGUUACGACCGCGUCUAUGAGAAGAAUAAACAGCGUUUGAGGCUGAGGGAGGCAGGUUACGCCGGUCUGUCGCUGCUCUUCUCUGAGCUUCACAUCACUCCAACCCUGAUCCGCUGCCUCCUCAAUCAGGUCCUCCACACAGAUCACGUGGUGAACUAUAAGGACCUAAUGGCUCUGGUCCAGCUGACUCACCGGGCCGGACCCAGCGUACGCCUCCUCGUCUGCAAGAGGGUGUACCAGCUGCUACAGUCCCAACAGGAUGCUGCCGUCCAGAUCUCAAGGCAGCAGUGUUGGCAAGACACCCUCAUGCGGCUUUACCUGCGGGGCGAAGGGUCGUUGCCGUUCCGUAGCGCCGACACCAUCAGCGCCUGUAGCCUGGACUUGAAUCGGUCCAGCGGCAGCAGCACUAACCGCCUGGAGCUGCCGCUGGAGAAGAGGACACGGGCAGGUAGCUCUGGCCGCUUAGACCGGAUGGAGGAUGACCGGCUCAGCAUAGGCGACACUCGCUCCGUAGACAGCCUGGAGAAUGGCGACGUCAUCUCACUGCUGGACACGCCGUCUUCCUCUGCCUCCACCGAGCCACAGCCGCACGUCAAGCCCUGGGUAGUGGGAAAGUCAGGGGGCUUGAUGCUGGAUCUGUCCCACCUGCAGGCGUACGAGGGCGGGGAGAGCGGCAGUCAAACGCCCGGGAGCAUGCCCAGCACACCAUCACCGCUGGAGGCUUCUAAACCUUUCCCAGGGAGCACCGGGGAUCACGAUGCAACAUCCAACCUGACUGAAGACAGCUUCCUCUUUAGUGACAGCAUUUCAUUGGGAGAGUCCUUCAACAACGCUGAGCGGGCUGAAGAGGAGCUGUGCACCAUGCUGCUGGAGAUUGUGCUGUGUGUGAUGUGGCGCGGUGUAGAAGGUUCCGAUGAUACGGCGUGGCUGGAGCGCGGCCAGGUCUUCUCAGCUCUCACCAAACUGGGAACCGCCAACGAGCUGCUGCUUCCCGUCGACCAAAUCAAGCUCAGCCUUAUGGAACGUAUGCUGGAGUGGGCGGUGAGCGAUAACCGCGAGGCAUCUGCCGCCACGUUACCACAGCACACAGAGAACGCAGUGCGGUUGCUUCACAUGGUACAAGACUUCCUGCAGGCAGAGGGCCUGGUCAAUCCAGCGCUGUGGACAGAGAAGGUGCUGGAGGAGACUGUGACGCUGAUGGACAGCCUCAUGGUGUGGUACUCUUCUGGCACCCAGUGGUUCCAGCUCUCCCAAGUAGGACUGAGACUUCUGUUGGGCUUCAUGGCCCAAGAAGACCCUGAGGUGUGCGCCAUGGCCACUGCCAAGCUCAACGGCAUCCUGCAGACGAAGGAGGUGUCCAGCCAGGAUGAAGCCUGCUACCUGCUGGGUAAGGUGGAGGGAAUCCUGAGACGCUCUGUACAGGAGCAGACAGAGGAGACGUACUCCUUCCUGGUUCCUCUGCUGCGAACGCUGCUCUCCAAAGUCCACCGCCUCCUCUACAUGGAGCUGCAUCUCCCCCAGCUCCCCGACACUAACGGCAGCCCGUCCUUCUUCGAGGACUUUCAGCUUUACUGCAACUCGCCUGAGUGGCGCGUCUACCUCGACAAAUAUAUUAUUCCGUACAUGAAGCAGUAUGAAAUUGAGAUGUUCAGCCAGGGCCACGAGACCAUGGCUCUCUACUGGAAGGAAUGCUAUGAGGCCUUCAUGGUCAGCCUGCAUAAGAGAGAGAGGGAGAGGGGAGAGAGCAAGAUCCGCUUCCAGGAGCAAUUUGUGGAGCCCUUCUCACGCAGAGGCCGCCAGGAGAACCUGCGCUACAACAGCAUGUUGAAGCAGCAGCACAGCCAGAACAGCGCCACCCUCAGGCAGUGGAAGGCAGCACGGCGAGGUCUGGUGUGUGAGAGAGGACCCUGGGCUGAGAGGCAGCAAGAUGAGAUGCACUGGAGGGUGUCCAGCGCUGAGAACUUUUCCCGCAUGAGGCUGAAGCUGGUCCGCAAUUACAACUUUGACCCCCACAGAGAGGCCAGCGCUCUGAGAGACAACUUGGGUGUCCAUCAGCAGCGUGUAAACCCAGAGUCUCUGCUGCUGGAGGCUGUGAAGCAGGUUAAAGUCAGCGACCUGGAGGACGACAUACUGGAGCUGCCGGAAGAAGACCCCACUGCUGCCAACAACCAGGUUGAAGCAGAGGAGGCGGGCCAGAAGGAGAAGCUGGUGCUGUGGGAGGACUGCGAGUUGGUGACGGUGGUGGAUGUGGUGCCUGGCCGUCUGGAACUCACCACCCAACACAUCUAUUUCUACGACAGCAGCCAGGAGAAAGAAGAAGGAGUGGGCCACGACUUCAAAUGGCCCCUGUCUCAAAUCCGGGAGGUUCACCUGCGACGAUAUAACCUGCGUCGCUCAGCUCUGGAGAUCUUCCUCAUCGACCAGACCAACUACUUCCUCAACUUUAAGAAGGAGGCAAGAAACAAAGUCUACAGCCGAAUGUUGCUGCUGCGAUCCCUCAGCCUGUAUGGAACCCGUUCACCACAGGAGCUCCUCAAGGCCUCUGGACUCACACAGAAAUGGGUGAACAGGGAGAUUUCCAACUUUGACUACUUGAUGCAGCUCAACACGAUUGCAGGCAGAACUUACAACAACCUGGCUCAGUACCCAGUGUUUCCCUGGAUUCUCGCUGACUACACUUCAGAGGAGCUGGACCUGUCUGAUCCUCGGGUAUUUAGGGACUUGUCAAAGCCAGUGGCGGUGCUUAACAACCGCAAUGCCAAGGCUGUUAGAGAGAAGUAUGAAAGUUUUGAGGACCCAACGGGCACAAUCGACAGGUUCCAUUAUGGCACCCACUACUCAAACGCUGCUGGGGUGAUGCACUACCUGAUCAGAGUGGAGCCUUUCACCUCCCUACACAUCCAGCUGCAGAGCGGACGGUUCGACUGCGCAGACCGACAGUUCCACUCCAUCCCAGCAACAUGGCAGACCCUCAUGGACAACCCCAACGACGUCAAGGAGCUCAUCCCUGAGUUUUUCUACUUCCCAGAAUUCCUCGAGAACCAAAAUGGCUUUGACCUGGGUCGCCUGCAGAUCUCCAAGGAAAGGGUAAAUGAUGUCAUUCUGCCCAAAUGGGCCAAGUCUCCUGAGGACUUCAUCUACAAGCACCGCAAAGCCCUGGAGUCUGAGUACGUGUCAGCCCACCUUCAUGAGUGGAUCGAUCUGAUCUUUGGUUACAAGCAGAAGGGCCCCGCAGCCGUGGAGGCCCUCAACGUCUUCUACUACUGCACAUAUGAGGGAGCAGUGGACCUGGACGCCAUCACUGAUGAAAAGGAGCGCAAGGCUGUGGAGGGCAUGAUCAGCAACUUUGGACAGACACCCUGCCAGUUACUGAAGGAGCCCCAUCCAGUGCGUCUGUCUCAGGAGGAAGUAGAGAAGAGGAAGGCUCAACUGGACUCAUGUCCUAUCAGCAUGUUCGAACACCUCAGCAACCUCAAGUCCUUCUUUGUUGAGGGCAUCAGUGAUAACGUACCGUUGGUUAAAGCCGUGGUGCCAAAGAAUCAGUCCCAUUCCUUCAUCACCCAGGGGAGUCCAGACACCAUGCUGACGGUGAGUCAGAACUGCCUGGUCGGGACCCAUGGGUGGCUGCCUUACAACAAGAACAUCUCCAACUACUUCACCUUCAUCAAGGACCCCACGGUGUCCAACACCAAGACCCACCGUUUCCUGUCAGGACCCUUCGCCCCCGGCAUGGAGGUAACAGCAGGACUGUUUGUGGUCUCCCACGAUGGCAAAUUGCUCUUCAGCGGCGGCCACUGGGACAACAGUCUCCGGGUCACCUCCCUGGUGAAGGGCAAGACCGUGGGACAGCACAUCCGACACAUGGACAUUGUGACUUGCUUGUCAACAGACCACUGCGGCAUCCACUUGAUCUCUGGCUCCAGAGAUACAACCUGCAUGGUGUGGCAGGUUCUGCAGCAGGGUGGCGCUCCUGUAGGUCUCUGUCCCAAACCAGUCCAGGUGUUGUACGGACACACAGAUGAGGUGGUCAGCGUCAGUAUCAGCACAGAGCUGGACAUGGCUGUGUCUGGAUCAAGGGAUGGUACAGUGAUCAUCCACACUGUGCGUCGGGGUCAGUACAUGCGAUGCUUGCGGCCACCGUGCGACAGCUCCCUGCCGCUGUCUAUCCUCCACCUGGCCGUGUCCUGGGAGGGUCACCUGCUGGUUCACACCUGUCUGGAGGGCAAAGCAACACUGAAGGAUAAAAACGCCCUCCACCUUUACUCUGUAAAUGGGAAGCACCUCUGCAGCGAGCCUCUGAAGGAGCAGGUGACUGAUAUGUGUGUGUCAGGAGAGUAUGUAGUCAUCGGCAGCGAGCAGGGAUACCUCUCCAUUCGGGACCUCUACAGUCUGUCUCUGUGUGCGGAGCCUAUGGCCAUGCGUGUGCCGGUGCGCUGCGUCUCCGUCACCAAGGAGCAGAGCCACGUCCUGGUGGGCCUGGAGGACGGCAAGCUGAUCAUUGUGGGCGUGGGCAAGCCAGCGGAGAUGCGUUCGGGCCAGAUCACACGGAAGCUGUGGGGCUCCACCAAGAGAAUGACCCAGAUCUCCUCGGGGGAGACGGUGUACAACACCCAGCAAGACCAGAACUGACACCCAUCCCCAGUCCCUCAGUCCUAAACCCUCUCCUCCACAUCCUCAUCCCACAUUCCUCCAGUCAUGACCCAGUUUGCCUCCAUACCUGUCAAUCACCAAACAGGUCAAAUCAUUAAUUCACUGUCUUUAAGAGCUCCCUUCAGUUCCUCCAGCACCUUUUCCUCAGUUCAGUAGAUGGUGGGUAGCGUUUUUUUGGGAUGCACAGAGUAUCACAAAGUCUGCAUGUCCUAUGUGUCUGUGUAUGUUUUUCUCUGUGUGUAUUCCUGCGUCUGGAUUUAAGCAAUACAGCGCUGGCGCUGUGGCUCCAAUCCAGAAGCAGCCUCAGCACUUCCACUCGCCACCACUCCUCAAACAUCAUGGCUUCUCUCUUCACCCCUCAACUACUCAUCACUUCUACAUCAUACUACAUGGUCAGCCUAAUGUUUCUCAAGCAGGAGCCCGUUCACAGAGGCACUGCGUGUUCUCCAACCCGCUCGGCUCAGACUUGACAAGAUCGGUCUUCUAACAGCUCUCUUCGCUGAGGAGGGGUCGAUCGCUGAGCUUCAAACAUGUAUGCGUGAAUGUGUGUGUGUGUGUGAGCAUGUGCUGUUGUACUGCUCUUCUCAAAAUAUAAUUUCAAGUGGCCUUUUUGCCCCACCCCCCUUCUUAGUUUGCCUUCAAUGCAGACAGGCGGGCCUGUGCUCUGUAGGCCGAGGUUUUUUGAUAGUUGCCUCAAUGCUGCCACACAGCAGCCUUAUGCAGUAAGACGGCUCCAUCACUCACAAGACCAAACUCUCUGCCUUUCCUGUGUUUUUAUAUAUAUACAUAUAAAUGUGUAUGUGUGUGUGUGUGAGAUUUUUAUUUGUUUCUUUGUGGAUUAUUUUUUGGGUUUUUAAUUUUUUUUUUUUCUUGUCUUUUGAGAGGUGUAUGGCAUCUAUUCGUGUGCAUGGCAUUUUUGCUCCAAGAAACACAGUGAUGGAGUUUCUUUUCUUUUUUUUCUUCUUCUGUUAACUUUUACUUUAGGAUCUAUCAGAUUUUUGUCGUCAUGGAGAAACACUGCGUCUGUCUUUAAUGCCGGCGUAUGAUUUAAGAUAUCUAGUUUUGUAAAGAAAAAGAAAUCACACUAUAAACGAAACACUACAUUCUUUAAAACACGACAAGCUUCCGUGUGGAGAUUCAUCACAGCAGUACAGAGACAAAAAAAAAAGGUUGAUUAUGGCUCCUUCAGAUCAUGCAACACAUGGCUCUCCUUGCUUCAUCGAAUGUUUUUAAGUUACUUGAAUCCAUGUUUAUUUAUGAGUCAAAGUAGCCGUUUUUAAAAAAAUCACAUUUUGUUUCUAAUGCAUCUUGAAUACAGAUACCAGUAAUAAGCAUAUUUUAAAUGCUUCUGACUGUUCAGACUACCUGUAAAAAGAAGGAGAAAGAAAAUAUCCUCAAGGGCUUCAUGAGAUGUCAGUGUUAACAGCAAUACAGCUCCUUCCUCGAGGGCCGGUUGAUGCUUUUUUGCUGGGUUUUUUUUUUUUGUUUUUUUUCCUUCCCAUAGCGGUUGCUCUGCCAGCCCUCAAUCUCCAGUCUUCCUAAACCUUAACAGGGACAGUAAAUGUACCCUAACCCGCCAUGGAACCUCCUCCCCGCACCCCCAGCUGCCUUUAGCUUUCAUCAUUUGCCUCAAACUUUUUUUUUAUUUUGACAUCUCAUUCUCCUUCCUGCUCAUCGUGAAGUGACUGAUUUCAGUUUGUUUUUUUUGUUUUUUUCUUUCAUGGGGCAUCAAGAAGGUUUGCAUGCUUCAGUCUUUCAAUUCACUCGAGAGACUUGUUGUUUGUGUGUGAAUGUGAUUUAUUUACAACUCUGUAAUAUCAGAAUCAUAAAAAAAAGCCACAGUGUGAAGCUCCUGUGGAUAUGAGACUGUGUGAUUCAUAUUUUUGCACCAUACUUUGAGCGUGUGUGUGUGUGUGUGUGUGUGUGUGUGCGUGUGUGAGAACAUGCCAGUGAUGCAUGUGUUUUAUUUUUUAAUAGCCAAAUUCUUGAUAUCAUCAGACAUGUAGAUAUAUGGUGUUUCUGGCUCUGAACCAUGGCAGCUGCUGAUUGAUUAGCUCAGUCAUGAGUUCAGCAUUGGAUACACAUUUGCUCUAAUGGUUCUUGUUUGUUUUUUUGUUUUUUUCAAAGUGAUUUUGUAUUAAGUUUUUAUUUAAGAGUCACAACGAGGUGUAGUGCAAAGACCAAUUUGUGUCCUUUGAGAGAUUUCUGUUAAAAAGGUGCAUAAAAUGUUGAUCAGAGCGGUUUUUCUUUUCUUUCAUCCACAUUUGUCAUUCAGACAAAAGACCACUGUUUUGAGUUGUUAAACCGACUUCCUCGACUGCAACAAACGGAGUGCCUUUAUCCCUGUAUGGUGUUAACAUAGAGCUAGGUUUUUCUCAUUACUGAAGCUUAUUGUCCCCGACCUUGCAGUAAAUCAAGUGAAAGCAGCAUUCCAGAAGUUAAACCUCUGCAGUUUCAAUGGGAACCAAGAAUAAAAGGACUUCAAAGCAAAAUCAAAAAGUACUAUUUUGUGUCUUAGCAACAUCUCUGUGACUGUCACCAAAUGGAUGUGUGUAUAUCUGUGAUUAUUUAUGAAUACAGUAUAUAAUGUACAGCAUGAUUUUUAUUUCUGCGUAUUUGAAAUGUACUUUUGCACUUUCCAGGUACUAAAUUGUAACAAAUUGUUUUAACUUGGCUCCCUAAUCUGUACAAACUGCUUUGUAUACACAAGUGGAAAAUGAUCAUUAAAGUCUUGUCUAAAUUUAAAUAA